CUCUCAUAAGCCUCUCUCUCUCUCUCACUUUUAUGUUCACUCUCUCUCCAUAACCAAACACAUUUCUCAAACACUUCAGGGGAGCCGUCUUCAUUUACUGGAUAGCUGCGUUCUCAACGAUCACAAGUUUUUUUUUAUAAGUGCGAAUACAUGGGAGAAACAACGAGUGCAAACGGCAGCGCCGGUAAAAAAUCUGGCAUUUCCGCUGAAAUACCGGCGGUUGCUCUGCCGCUUGCCGUGGAACCGACGGAAAUUGCAUCCAAUAUCAUCUAUCAUGCUCAGUACAGUCCUCAUUUUUCUCCCUUCAAGUUUGAGCCAGAGCAAGCUUACUAUGCCACUGCUGAUAGUGUUCGUGAUCGCCUGAUUAAGCAAUGGAAUGAUACUUAUCUCCAUUACCACAAAGUCAACCCUAAGCAAACAUACUAUUUAUCCAUGGAAUAUCUACAAGGACGAGCUUUGACUAAUGCAAUUGGAAACCUGGAUGUCCAAGACGCAUAUUUUGAAGCUUUGAAGAAGUUGGGCCAUGAACUGGAGGAAAUUGUUGAGCAGGAGAAAGAUGCAGCACUUGGUAAUGGUGGUUUAGGAAGACUUGCUUCGUGCUUUCUGGACUCAAUGGCAACGUUGAACCUGCCAGCUUGGGGUUACGGUUUGAGGUACAGAUAUGGGCUCUUUAAACAGCGGAUCAGCAAAGCUGGGCAAGAGGAAAUAGCUGAAGAUUGGUUGGAGAAAUUUAGUCCUUGGGAAAUUGCAAGGCAUGAUAUCAUCUUCCCAGUUAGAUUUUUUGGUCGUGUUGAGGUUCUUGAGACUGGCUCCCGAAAGUGGGUUGGUGGGGAGGUCAUACAAGCUCUUGCCUACGAUGUGCCUAUUCCUGGAUACAAAACCAAGAAUACCAAUAGUCUUCGCCUUUGGGAAGCUAAAGCUGGUGCUGAAGAUUUCAACCUGUUUCAAUUCAAUGAUGGCCAGUAUGAAUCUGCAGCACAGCUUCAUUCCAGCGCCCAACAGAUAUGUGCUGUUCUUUAUCCUGGGGAUGCUACAGAAAGUGGAAAGCUGUUGAGACUUAAGCAACAGUUUUUCCUUUGUAGUGCAUCACUUCAGGACAUCAUUGUCAGAUUUAAGGAGAGAAAUGAGGGGAAUAGAGCAGUCGAAUGGUCCGAUUUUCCAACUAAGGUUGCUGUUCAACUGAAUGACACACAUCCUACCCUAGCGAUUCCCGAGCUUAUGCGCUUACUUAUGGAUGAGGAGGGACUUGGAUGGGAUGAUGCUUGGGGUAUCACUACAAGGACAAUUGCUUAUACAAAUCAUACUGUACUUCCUGAGGCGCUAGAAAAGUGGUCUCAAUCAGUCAUGUGGAAGCUCCUUCCACGCCAUAUGGAAAUCAUUGAGGAGAUUGAUAAGAGGUUCAUUGCGCUUAUCCAGUCGACGAGACCCGAUCUUGAGAGUAAAAUUUCUAGCAUUCGCAUUUUGGACCACAAUCCCCAGAAGCCAGUUGUGCGUAUGGCUAACUUAUGCGUGGUGGUUGCACACACGGUAAAUGGUGUUGCUCAGCUACACAGCGACAUACUAAAAUCCGAGCUAUUCGCUGAUUAUGUCUCCAUAUGGCCUUCCAAAUUCCAGAACAAAACUAAUGGGAUUACUCCUCGUCGAUGGCUACGGUUUUGCAGUCCGGAACUUAGUGACAUAAUAACCAAAUGGUUAAAAACAGAUAAAUGGGUGACUAGUCUGGACCUGCUCACAGAACUUCGACAAACCUUUCUUGAAGCAUUACAAACUGAGUGGGAAUCAGCUAAGAUGGCGAACAAGCAACGUUUAGCACAAUACAUUAAACGAGUUACUGGCGUGACAAUUGAUCCAAAUACUCUCUUUGACAUUCAAGUCAAACGUAUCCAUGAGUACAAAAGACAGCUGCUAAACAUUCUGGGGACAGUUUAUAGGUAUAAGAAGCUAAAGGAGAUGACUUCCGAUGAUCGGAAAAAGGUUACACCCCGUACAAUCAUGAUUGGAGGAAAAGCAUUUGCAACAUAUACAAAUGCCAAAAGAAUUGUCAAGCUAGUGAAUGAUGUUGGUGCCAUAGUCAACAGUGACCCUGAAGUGAACAGUUAUCUGAAGGUGGUUUUUGUACCCAAUUACAAUGUAUCCGUGGCUGAGAUGCUUAUCCCUGGAAGUGAGCUGUCUCAGCAUAUUAGUACAGCUGGCAUGGAAGCUAGCGGAACCAGCAAUAUGAAGUUUGCGCUUAAUGGAUGCCUCAUUAUAGGAACACUAGAUGGUGCUAAUGUGGAAAUAAGGGAAGAAAUAGGAGAAGAUAAUUUUUUCCUUUUCGGUGCACAAGCAGAAGAAGUCUCUCAAUUGCGCAAAGAUAGAGAAAAUGGACUGUUUAAGCCCGAUCCUAGGUUUGAAGAAGCUAAACAAUUCAUUAGGUCUGGAGCAUUUGGAAGCUAUGAUUACAAUCCACUUCUCGAUUCCUUGGAGGGGAAUUCAGGAUAUGGUCGUGGAGACUACUUUCUAGUUGGUCAUGAUUUCCCAAGCUACAUAGACACUCAGGCCAAGGUGGAUGAGGCUUACAAGGAUAGGAAAAGAUGGAUCAAGAUGUCAAUUUUGAGCACUGCUGGAAGUGGAAAGUUCAGCAGUGACCGGACAAUCUCCCAGUAUGCAAAAGAGAUCUGGAACAUAAAGGAUUGCGUUGUUCCAUAG